GCCCGCCCCUCCACCACUCGCUCUCCUCCGUCCACCUCCACACCACCAUGCCCGCCUCCCUCCUUCCCUCGACCUUCCUCCCUCACCGCCUGCGCCGCCUCGGUCCCGCCGGCUGCACCACCUCCCCCGCCGCCUCCUCGGCCCCUGCUCCCUUGAGCCGCUACGACUUCGAGCCCCUCCUGUCCUACCUCUCCUCCCCGUCUGUAUCGGCCUCCCUCACCUCGUCGUCCCCACCGGCAUCCGUUCCGGCGCCCGAGCGCCGCCUCGCCGCGUCCUACUCGGCCGUUCCGUCUCACGAGUGGCAUGCGCUGCUGCGGGAGCUCGCCGCCAGCGACGCGUCGCUGCCGCUCGCCUUCGCGCUGCUGCCCUUCCUCCACCGCCACCGCCUCUGCUUCCCGCUCGACCUGCUCCUCUCCUCGUUGCUCCACUCGCUCUCCGUCUCCGGCCGCCUGCUCCCGCACUCGCUGCUGCUCUCCUUCCCGCCGUCGCUCACCGACCCGCCCUCGCCGCUGCUGCUAAACUCCCUCCUCGCCGCCUCCGCCGCGGCCUCGCGCCCCGCCGUCGCGCUGCGGCUGCUGGGCCUGCUCCGGGAGCACGACUUCCUCCCGGACCUCGCGUCCUACUCGCACCUCCUCGCCUCGCUGCUCAACACCAAGGACCCGCCCGACGCCGCACUUCUAGAGCGUCUCCUCGGCGACCUCAGGGAGUCGCGGCUCGAGCCCGACGCGCCGCUCUUCUCCGACCUUAUCUCGGCCUUCGCGCGGGCGGCGCUCCCGGACGCCGCGCUUGAGCUCCUCGCCUCCGCGCAGGCCAUCGGGCUCACGCCGCGGUCCAACGCGGCCACCGCACUCAUUUCCGCGCUUGGCACUGCGGGGCGCGUCGCCGAGGCGGAGGCGCUCUUCCUCGAGUUCUUCCUUGCUGGGGAGAUCAAGCCGCGGACGCGCGCUUACAACGCGCUGCUCAAAGGGUAUGUGAGGAUUGGGUCGCUCAAGAAUGCAGAGCAGGUGCUCGACGAAAUGUCACAAUGUGGUGUCGCGCCAGAUGAAGCCACCUAUAGCUUACUUGUGGACGCUUACACAAGGGCUGGGAGGUGGGAGAGUGCGAGGAUACUGCUCAAGGAGAUGGAAGCUGAUGGGGUGAAACCAAGCUCUUAUGUGUUCAGCCGGAUCCUUGCAGGGUUCCGUGACAGGGGAGAUUGGCAAAAGGCGUUUGCAGUGCUCCGAGAGAUGCAUGCUAGUGGGGUAAGGCCGGACCGGCAUUUCUACAAUGUCAUGAUAGAUACAUUUGGGAAGUACAACUGCCUGGGGCAUGCAAUGGAUGCGUUUGACCGUAUGCGAGAAGAAGGGAUUGAGCCGGAUGUUGUCACAUGGAACACUCUCGUUGAUGCACACCGUAAAGGAGGGCGGCAUGACCGGGCAAUGGAGCUGUUUGAGCAGAUGCGUGAAAGCAAUUGCCCACCAGGCACGACCACAUAUAACAUCAUGAUCAAUUUGCUUGGAGAGCAAGAGCGUUGGGAGGGUGUGGAAGUAAUGCUAUCAGAGAUGAAGGAGCAGGGACUGGUACCGAACAUCAUCACAUAUACUACUCUUGUGGAUGUGUAUGGAAGGUCCGGUAGGUACAAGGAGGCAAUUGAUUGCAUUGAAGCGAUGAAAGCUGAUGGCCUGAAGCCAUCGCCUACUAUGUACCAUGCAUUAGUCAAUGCAUAUGCUCAAAGGGGUUUAGCAGACCAUGCGUUAAAUGUGGUCAAGGCUAUGAAAGCAGAUGGUCUGGAGGUUAGCAUCUUAGUGUUGAAUUCGUUGAUUAAUGCUUUUGGUGAAGACAGAAGGGUUGUUGAGGCCUUCUCUGUGCUGCAGUUCAUGAAAGAAAAUGGUUUGAGGCCUGAUGUUAUAACAUACACAACAUUGAUGAAAGCCUUAAUUCGUGUUGAGCAGUUUGAUAAGGUUCCUGUCAUCUAUGAAGAAAUGAUCACUUCAGGAUGUGCCCCUGAUCGAAAAGCUAGAGCAAUGCUACGGUCAGCUUUAAGAUACAUGAAACACAUGAGGGUUGCAUAGGCUAUUUAGACACAACUACUGAUCAAACCUGAUGGAAGUAUAAUCUUUCUGCUGAUCUUAUUAAACUUUUCAACACAAGAAUCAUGAUAUCUUCAUCUGUCCUCCUAAUCACUAAGGAGAAGACAUGUACAUCUUGAUCAUUUGCAACAGAAAGGAGACUAACGCAAGACGCCAAGGAAUGAGGACCUUGAUAUAGGAAACAAAUACGGUGUCCCAAAAUUUGAAUUGGAAACUUAGAAUUGAUAUUCAAUUCCAGUAUUUUGCUGAGACAAUAGUCCCGUUUGUUUCCGCUUAUAAGCGCCUUAUCGGUGGAAAUAAGCGAGAAUCUCGCACGUUUUGCUUAUUUCCACCGAUUCUCGCAAGUGUAUCCAAACAGGGCUAAUGAAUUGCAACAGGGAAUCAGAAUUCCAGCUAUUCCAGAUUGUACUUAGAUGCAGACGUCUGUAGAAUUUGUGUAGGGCAAUACAAAGGAAAUGUAUUAUAUUUUUAUUGCCUCAAAACUAA